AUGACUUUGGAUCCAGUUGCUAUUGCUUUUCGUUUGGAUAACUUAUUGGGAAGUCUAACCAAUUACAAAAAUAGCGAAAAAGAAUUAUUAUCAAUUAUCAAAGUUUUUGAGGAGUUAAACAAAGAAAAAAAAAGGAUGGAAAAAACAACCAACGGCAAGAAAAUUCCGGGAAGUGCUUUAGAGAAAAUGGAUAUCGACAAAAUUUUAGCCAGCAUUCAAGAAAAAAUAAAUAAUUCAGGGGAUCAAAAAUUAAUUGAAAUGGUUUUAGAAAUGGAAAUGAAAGGAUUAAAAUUUGCUCGGGGUUUGGACUUCAAUAAUUCAGAAAUUAAAGAUUUUAAAAUUGAAAAUAAUACCAUCUAUUUCCCUUUUACGGCGAUUGCGGGAAUUGGGGAAAAACUAGCCGAAAAAAUUAUUGCUUAUCGGCAAGAAAAAGGCCAAAUUACUA